AUGGCGACCCAUCUUCAAAGCUUCGGAGAGUGGCAGAUCCAGAAGGACAUCAUUUACCUAGACAAUGGUGCCUUUGGGUCCUGUCCGAAGUCCGUCGUCGAGAAGCAGAAAAACAUUCGGCAACGCAUUGAAGAAAAUCCCCAUGAGUUCUUCGAAAGAUCAUAUGUCUCCGGCUUGGAGGCCAGCAGACGCUCUCUGGCUGGCUUCUUACACGUCGAUCAUCGAGACAUCUUUCUGCUUCCUGGCGCAACCCACGCCAUGAACGUCGUCAUUCAAAGUCUGCGAUUCAACCCAGAUGACGAGAUAUUGACUACAAACGUUGCGUAUAGCUCUGUGCGGAUGGUGCUUGACCAUGUUGCCGAGAGAGAUGGUGCUCAUAUCGUUGUCGUCAAUGUGCCUCUGCUAGUCACAGGCCCUGAAGAUGUGAUGCGGCGCAUACUUGCUGGCGUAACGCCUCGCACACGUUUUGCAGUCAUCGAUCACAUCCCAAGCCGAACUGGUCUCGUGCUUCCAGCAAAACAAAUCGUCAAGGAGCUUGAGUCUCGCGGUGUUGACACCUUGGUCGACGGAGCACAUGCGCCCGGCAUGAUUCACCUGGAUCUCGAGGAAAUCAACGCCGCAUACUACGUCGCCAACUGUCACAAAUGGAUGUGCGCACCACGAGGAAUUGGUUUCCUCCACGUUCGGCGAGAUCGCGCUCAGAACAUCAAACCGUUGGUGAUUGCCAGGUCCCCGUAUGUCGUUGGCAAGUCCAAGCACUCUGUGCUUGAGCACAAUUUUGGAUGGAUGGGGACCUAUUGCCCUUCGGCAAUGCUUUCCCUCCCCUCCGCUAUCGAUCAUCUCAACACUGUGAUGCCAGGCGGGUAUAGCGGCUUGACGAGUCGUAACCAUGACCUCGCAGUAUUGGCCCGCAGGAUUGUCUGCAAAGCUAUCGGCGUAGAUCUUCCGUGCCCGGACAGCAUGAUUGCUGCCAUGGCGACUAUACCGCUGCCAGACUCUCCAGGGCCUGAGCAGGAGGGUAUGCUUCCCAUUCAGCAAGCUCUAUGGAAGGAACAUGGCAUUGUUAUACCGGUUUACUCUUGGCCUUCAUACCCCAAGAGAGUGAUCCGUUUGUCUGUGCAGGCUUAUAAUACGUUGGAUCAAUACCUCAAGCUAGCCGACUGUUUACGCAUCGUGCUGCACAAAGAACGAAAGUCCUACUCGCUUGCCUCUGUUGGUUCAAUUGAGCCUCCAACCCCUCCAUACACGAGGAGGCAAAGUGAUGAUUCUGCCUACUCUUCAUCCUCCGAGGGUCACCUGUCAUGCGGAUGCUCCAGCUCUAGAAUCAAGAGCUUAAGCGCGGGACAUGGUGUGUCUGGAAUUCCGUGCCAAGACAUUGAGAAGCCGACUCUGGCCAUGCUCAGGAGCCUCGCUGAAUCCAGAUUACGGAAGAUUUUACAUGGCACAUUCUCAUUCGAUUCUGUUUCCAUGUUUCCCACCGCUGGAGCUUGCGAGGCGGCACUCACGUUGACCAGUGAGAUCCAGAAACAUGCGAACAUGGAGAGUUCCAAAAUGGCCUACAUGCUGUCUUGCAUCCCACGGCGCAGAAUUCCACGGAUGAUGGCUUCUUCUGUAUCGCAGCUGCUUCAGACUGAAGACGUCAUCGAGAAUUGGCCGCUGCGAAUGAACACGCUCAAGAAUCAGUCUCAGACACUCACUCGAGCAAUCAUUUCUGCCAUGAACGCUCCCAGAGCGCCUGCCGUAUUCACAGUCGAUCUCAAUAAGUUUGUCAGUCGAGUUGUGCCGUAUGAGACGGAAACCGACGAAGAGAAUCUCAGUCUGACGUUUUGGGACCGUGCUCUGACAGACUUCGCGACCAAGGGAGGAUGGUCUCCAGGUCGGGUUACCUCGUUCUUGCAGAUCCAUGCGUUUUUAAGGGAUCCUGUUGGUGGACUGCGCAACAAGUUUGAAACCCGCAGAGAUAAUUUCCUGAAGCUCCUCACCAGCCUCACAAAAGAGCUGGAAGAGUCGAGGCAGACUAUACGAGAAGAUGUCGCAGCGCAGUUGGCAGCCGAGUCUUCAUUCCUUUCUCAGCCUCUCGCCAGUAAUGCAAGCUACGUUCACUUUUCGGAGGAUCAGCAACUUGUAUACUCGUACGUUGACAUUUCCGAUAUGGCUCGAUCCGAGUUCUCUUGCCCAGAAAUUGUGAUUGGCAUGAUUGGCGAUAUCCUCAAUUGCAGGUCCGGGGACAACAUCAGUAUUGCGCCAAUUGCUGUAGCCAACAUCCAUCCUGUUUGUUCAAGCCAUAAUUCUCGGCAAGUCAUCAUAGAUGGUAACAACCGGAUUACUACCCUGACCUUCCUCAAAUUCGUCUCUAUCUACGGACUAUCAGAGCUUGAGAAAGCCGAAGAUAACUUGCGAGAAUACUGCCAGGACAGCGGAUUUGGACCAGUCUAUUUUGUUGACUUCUGCGCUGUGCUACAGCUGCUCCGGGACAGUGCGGUGCAUAUAUUGAGCCAACUUCAAACUGGUGUUGGUUUGGGACACUUCAAGCAUAUUACGCAGGUGCCGUGUCUGAUUACGGAGGAGGCAUCUUUCAUUACCAAGGUGUUGGUCAAUGGAGAGGAGAUUGCACAGCCAAUUCACCAGUCUAUUUUUGCGACAGAUGAUUUGCUUGUAGCGUUGCCGGCAAAGAUGCAGUGCCAUGGGCGGGCGAAAGGGUUCAAGGCGCUACCAGUUAGGUAG